AUGGAAGACCAGAAAGUUUUCCACCUCCAAUCGUGCCCAGCGUCCGCUUACGACAUCUUGCUCGAGCACCGCGAGCGAUUUCGACAACUGAUUUCUGAUGGGGAUAUUCGGUGUCUUCUUGAACCCCAUGCAAUGACAGCGUAUUGCGAGCAUUUACUGGAAACAAGAUCUCCUCGGGAAUUGUCUGUGCCUUUUGGAGAAUUUCGCCGUCGAGAAAUUUCCAGGGCAGAAGCUAAUGGACACACUAGGUUCGAAGUAUUCUGGAACGAGAUCUAUAAAUACCUAGUCUUCACUAUCACGGCUGUGGAUGAUCUGGCAGCAGGCCAAAUCCUGAAACUAAUAUGUCAUGCAAAUGAUAUUGCUUCUUCGGCAACACUUCACGUAAACUUUCCAUGCCCACCGUCUCCCAGCUGUUUUGCGAUGUACUUGAAGCAAGAGCGUAUUCUCAACGAGCAUCUUACUGAUGAAGAGGUCAAAAGAAUGUGGGAUGCUAUGCUACCGAAACACCGUAUACCUCUAUUCGAGCAAUACAGGCUUGAGCUAACAACGUUUGUCGAAAAUUUGAACAACUUUUUGCUACACACUCCACAACUCAACGAACAGCAAAAGAUGCACGCUAGGAACAUUAUAAGUCGCACUUCGACAGCAAUUGAACAAGUCGACGAAAUCCUCAGCAAGCUGAAGAUGAGUGAUAUCGCGCAGUCUGCCUGCGCGCUGAAGUAUUUCAAGCAGAAGGUUGGCUGCUUCUACAAGGACAUUCUGGACGAUGCCGAACGUGAACAAACAAUUCAGAAGGAAUUCGACGCACUACCGAAAAGGGUAAUUGCAUGGAUGGCUAGUGCGCACGAUGGUGAAUGA